UAUAUAUAUAUAUAUAUCUAGACUGGAAUAAUAUUCAUUCAUUUCCAAACGCUUAUGCUAUACAAAACAAUGUUUAUCUUUGAAAUGCCACGUGUUGUUCUUAUACGUAAACCAGAAUUAGCUAUUUUACAUCGUUUCAUACAAUUCUGUAUAUUAACUUAUUUUAUCAUGUAUGUGAUGUGGUUAAAAAAAGGUUAUCAAUCAUUUGAUCGUCCAAUAAGCGGUGUAACUGUUAAAGUCAAUGGGAUAGCAUGGAAACAAGUGUUUAAAUAUCAAAAUCGUGAUGCAAAUGGUAUUAUUGUAUUGGAUAGCGGUGAUUAUCUAUUACAACCAACACAAAAUUCCGGUUUUUAUUUGAUUACAACAAUUAAACAAUUCGUAGUACAACGUAUGACAACGUGCAGUGAAGUGGAUCGACUACCAGAUGCCCAAUGUCAACAUGAUCAGCAUUGUCCAAUUGGAUAUCAAGCUGGUUAUCAAGUGUACGGUGCUGAUGGCGUUGUACCAGAUGAGAAUAAUAUUGAACUAGAGGAAAGUGGUCAUGGUAUAUUCACUGGAAAAUGUUUGAUUAAUUAUAAAAAAUGUCAAAUAUUCGGUUGGUGUCCAACUGGUGAUGAUUAUGAAUAUGAAUUGCGUAAACAACGUCAUGCAAAAUUACAAUUACUUCAAGCACCAAAUAUUUUAGAAAAAUUUUAUAAUUAUUUUACAGAUUUAGAAUUUUUAGAUAAUAAACGUCGAAUUAAUGAGCGUACAGUACGUAUAGUUGAUCCAUUUUUUGAAGUGAUCAAUUUUACUGUACUGAUUAAAAAUAGUAUAGAAUUUCCUAAUUUCAAAAUAAAACGUAGUAAUAUUUUAUCAUGGAUGACAGAAAAUUAUAUACAAGAUUGUUUAUAUAAUCCGGAACAUUCCAUUGAUAAAUAUUGUCCAAGAUUUCGUUUAAAUGAUAUAUUUAAAUUGGCUGGAAUCAAUUCAAAUCGUCUAUUGAAAUAUGGCGGUGUCAUAGCUAUCACUAUUAAUUGGCAAUGUGAUUUAGAUUGGGAUAUUGAAAAUUGUCUACCAAAUUAUGAAUUUUUAGAAUUAGAAAGUGUGCAUAAAAUCAGAAAAAUGAAAUCAAACAAUAAAAUUUAUUCUAAAUUACAUGAAACUAAUCAUAGUAAUGAAGAUUGGUUAAAUUUAUCGACAACUAAUUCACCGGAUACAACAUUAGAUUAUACUUAUACAGCAUAUAGAUCUUAUGAUGAUAAUGAUGAGGAUGAUAUUGUGGAUGAUGAUGAAGAAGUGAUCACAGUUCAUGAAGGUUCCAAUAUACGUAUUACAGCAUAUUAUGGCUAUGAUACAGAAUUCAUGAAACAACGUCGACGUAUAUUGAUUCACGCGAAUGGUAUACAAUUUAUUAUUAGAGUGAAUGGUUUAGCUGGUAAAUUUAAUCUUUUAUCAUUUACUAUGAAAUUUGGUUCAGGUUUAGCUUUACUUAAUCUAGCUACAAUAUUUACUGAUUUAAUUUUAUUUUAUUUUACACAACAUCGUAAACAAUAUCGUCAAAUUAUAUGUGAUAAUAGAACAUUAGAUUUUUUAUUACAUAAAUAA